AUGGCAUCCGUGACGUCGUUGGAUAAGGACCUCAAGUCGCUGCGCCUGUCGCGAUAUACACCCCAGGCUGCAAACGAAAUACGCGACUGGAUCGAAGAAGUUUUGCGAGAGAAAUUGCCCGCGGGUGACCUCCUCGACGCGCUGAAAGAUGGAGUGGCCCUCUGCAGACUGGCCAAUCUUGCCGUCGGUCCCCCAGGAGUCAAAUACAAAGCCUCGAAUAUGCCUUUUGUCCAGAUGGAAAAUAUAUCCCACUUUCUUCAUGCUUGUCAGAUGGCCCCUUUGAGUCUCCAGCCCCACGAUGUCUUCCUUACAGUCGAUCUUUACGAGUCAAAAGACCCUGCUCAAGUUCUACAAUGUCUUGGUGCGUUUAGUCGGAGAGCUCAUGCCAUUCAGCCAGCGAAAUUCCCACGCGCGAUUGGCAAGGUCAAGAGCGGUGUGGUGAGUCCGCAAUUGAGUGGAUCUAGCCAUACUGGCUUUAAAGGAGGCCCUGCAUACGGUAGAACUCGUGGAAUCAGUAAUGUCAGUGAGUCGGGUUCAAGGACAUUCAACCCUCUUUCUGGGCGGUCGAGCCCCGAGAAACGAACCCCCGCGUCGCCGCGUUCACCCGUAUCACCGAGGCCCGCAGUGAGCACCUGGAGCAAUAAAGCAGAGGAAGCAACGACCUCACCGGCAUGGAAUAUUCAUCAGUACGGGUAUAUGGGAGGCGCGAGUCAGGGAAACUUGGGAAUAUCUUUUGGGGCAAGACGACAGAUUACUUCUUCAUCGCCUUCGAUUCCGAGCCUAGCCGAAAAAGAAAGAAGAAGAAAGGAAGCUGCAGAGGCGGAAGAAAAACAGAGACGCCAGGACGAAGAAGCGGAGCGUCUGCGCCAACUGGAGCGCGAAGCCGAGGAGCAACGCGCUAGGGAGGCAGAGGAAAGAAAGUGGGAAGAAGAGACAAGGAACCUUAGGGAAAAGGAGAGGCUAGCUGUGGAAGAAGAAAAGAAACGAUGGGAAGCGGAGCAGCGACGGUGGGAGGAAGAAGAUCGUCGACGGCAGCAAGAAGAAAAGGAAGCCGAGGAGAGAUUUGAGAAAGAGAGGCAACGAAAACGCGAGCUUGCGGAUGAGCGCUUGAAUGGCCAGUUCCUAAGUCAAUAUCAGGCAAGUCAACGACCAGGACGUGCCAUCUCCCCUGUUGAGCCCGCCCCAACCCCCGAGAACGAGCGCAUUCGAGCCUUGGAGCGGGAACUCGAGCUGGCCAAGGAAAGGGAAAAACAAUACGAGCGAGAACGUCAAGACCUUGCCCGUUCGCGACAGGUCUCUAGCACAAGUACAGCCUCCCAAGACGAUGCGCGCAACCGCAACCGGCCACCGCCCAAACCCGCAAAACCAAGCUACGACUUGACUUCUCAGGAAGAGGAACGGAGACUCCUCCGAGCAGAAUGGCAAGCAAACCAGGACGCCACAUCGAAACCCGACCAAACACCUCCAAGUCUCCCACCGCGCUCCCUUCCCGAGCCGCCUGUAUCCCCCCGUCCUCUCCCGGACCCAGCCAACUACCCCAAAACCCGCACGGACCGAUUCCUCGCGACCAACCCGGCGCCACAGCCCGCCCAGCCCUCCUCCCAUCGCCCACCGGAAUUCUCCACCGAAGCCGAAGUCGACGAGGAAAACCGUCGUCGCAUCGCAUCGACCCAAAAGACCCGUGCCGGAGGCUGGGCGUCCAAGUCGCUACUAGAGCGAGAAAUGGAGCGGGAACGCGAGCGCCAGCGCGAGUGGGAAGAGAACCAGAAACGAACCAAAGCCGCUGCGGAUGCUGGAGCGGGUACGGCGGGGACGGGACCCGGUGAGGGUGGCUGGGAUGUAAACCAGUAUGGAUACAUCGGCGGUGAUAACCAGAAUCGGGGCUCGACGGGGAUUGGGUUUGGUGCGAGGAGGCAGAUUAUCGGGCCGCGUCCUCGACCGUGA